UAAAAUCAUUUCACUCUCUCUCCGUUCUCUGUUUUCCUCUUGCUCGUUAUCACAUUUUUCUCUAUAUAGCAGUUCCAUUUUUUGAAGAAAAAUUUCAUAUUUUCUUCGAGCUCUCCUUCUACAUUUCUUAACAAAUAUCUAGACGUUUUCAUUCCUUUUUUUAAUUUUUCUGUAGUUCAAUGUUUGAAACAUCCGCACAAGAUUUUUUUCUUUGUUUUUAAUCCAAGCGUUUGAAGCCCUAGCCCUAAUUUUAUUGCGUUUCGAAGAAGUCGAAGUAGGCGGUUUCAUACACUGAAGCGCGGAGAAAGCUUGCAUUCCUUUUAUUCGGAGAUUCGUCCUGGACUUUUACAAUGGCAGAAAAACACAGCGCAAAUGGUCCACCUGCAAAUGGGAAAUCAGUGGGGGGUAAUGCAUAUACCAUUGACUUGACUACCUUCAGUCAGCGGUUGCAGGCUCUCUACACUCAUUGGCGUCAGCACAAAGAUGAGCUCUGGGGCUCUGCUGAUGCCCUUGCUAUAGCCACACCUCCCCCUUCAGAGGAUUUGCGCUACUUGAAGUCCUCUGCUUUGAAUAUCUGGUUGCUUGGUUAUGAGUUUCCAGAGACGAUUAUGGUUUUCGGAGAUAAGCAUAUUCAUUUUCUGUGCAGCCAAAAGAAGGCAACACUUCUUGAGGUUGUGAAAAGGUCUGCUAAAGAGGCUGUAGGUGCAGAUGUUGUCAUGCAUAUUAAAUCCAAAAGUGAUGAUGGUAGUAUUCUAAUGGAUGCCGUGUUUCAUGCUCUUCGUUCUCAGUUAAAACCGGAUGGUAGCUCUGCCCCAAUAGUUGGACAUAUUGCUAGAGAAGCUCCAGAAGGAAAAUUAUUGGAGAUGUGGGAUGAUAAGGUAAAGAAUUCAGGUCUCCAGCUUAGUGACAUGACAAAUGGAUUGUCUGAUCUUUUCUCGGUGAAGGAUAAAAAUGAAAUUACAUGUGUAAAGAAAGCUGCAUACUUGUCUGCAUGUGCAAUGAAGAAUUUUGUGGUUCCAAAAGUUGAGAAGGUUAUCGAUGAGGAGAAGAAAGUCACCCAUUCCUCGUUAAUGGAUGAUACAGAGAAGGCAAUACUUGACCCGGUGAAGAUUGGUGUCAAACUGAAGGCCGAGAAUGUAGAUAUCUGUUAUCCUCCGAUCUUUCAAAGUGGUGGAACUUUUGAUCUCAGGCCUAGUGCUUCAAGCAAUGAUGAAUAUCUAUACUAUGAUUCUGCAAGUGUUAUCAUCUGUGCCAUUGGAUCAAGAUAUAACAGCUACUGCUCCAACAUUGCCAGAACAUACCUCAUUGAUGCAAAUACGGCGCAGAGCAGGGCCUAUGAAGUUCUUCUUAAGGCCCAUGAAGCGGCAAUUAUUGCAUUGAAACCAGGAAAUAGGGUCAGUGCUGUUUAUCAAGCGGUCCUUGCUGUGGUGGAGAGGGAUGCUCCCGAGCUGGUUCCAAACCUGACAAAAUCUGCAGGUACAGGCAUUGGUUUGGAGUUCCGCGAAUCAGGGUUGAGCCUUAAUGCAAAAAAUGACAGAGUGCUGAAGGCAGGAAUGAUUUUUAAUGUUUCAAUUGGAUUCCAGAAUCUACAAGCUGGGACUAUCAAUCCCAAGAGUCAGAAUUUUUCAUUGUUACUUGCAGACACAGUGAUUGUGACAAAUGAAGAAACUGCUCGACGCCUUGCUGGUGAAGGAUCUGGAAGUGGGGAAGGGCGUUCUACUGUGAGGUCUACAAGUGAGCUAGUUGCGUACAAGAAUGUCAAUGAACUACCUCCACCGAGGGAUAUGAUGAUUCAGGUUGACCAGAAGAAUGAGGCCAUUCUCCUACCGAUUUAUGGAAGCAUGGUGCCUUUCCAUGUAGCUACUGUGAAGACUGUCUCCAGCCAGCAGGAUACCAAUCGUAAUUGUUAUAUCCGGAUCAUAUUUAAUGUCCCCGGUACUCCCUUCACUCCUCAUGAUACAAACUCUUUGAAAAAUCAGGGGGCUAUCUACUUGAAGGAGGUUUCAUUCCGCUCCAAGGACCCAAGGCACAUAAGUGAAGUGGUGCAACUGAUUAAAACACUUAGACGAAAUGUCAUGGCUAGGGAGUCUGAAAGGGCUGAGAGGGCUACUCUUGUCACUCAGGAAAAACUUGUGCUCGCAGGCAACAAAUUUAAACCAAUCAAGUUAUAUGACCUGUGGAUCCGUCCUCCAUUUGGUGGCCGUGGUAGAAAGUUGCCUGGCACAUUGGAAGCUCAUGUUAAUGGUUUUAGAUAUUCGACAUCAAGGCCAGACGAACGGGUAGAUAUCAUGUAUGGUAACAUAAAGCAUGCAUUUUUUCAGCCAGCUGAUAAGGAGAUGAUUACACUUCUUCACUUUCAUCUCCACAACCACAUUAUGAUUGGAAACAAGAAAGUCAAAGAUGCCCAAUUCUAUGUUGAAGUGAUGGAGGCGGUCCAAACAAUUGGAGGUGGAAAGAGAUCCGCUUAUGAUCCAGAUGAGAUUGAGGAGGAACAGAGGGAGAGAGAUCGAAAGAACAAAAUUAAUGUGGACUUCCAGAAUUUCGUGAAUCGGGUGAAUGAUCUGUGGGGACAAGCUCAAUUUAAAGGCCUUGACCUGGAGUUUGACCAGCCUCUAAGAGAACUUGGAUUCCACGGAGUACCGUACAAAGCUUCUGCUUUCAUAGUUCCGACUUCUAGCUGUUUGGUUGAACUGAUAGAGACUCCUUUCCUUGUGAUUACCUUGAGUGAGAUUGAGAUUGUAAAUUUGGAGAGAGUUGGUCUUGGACAGAAGAAUUUCGACAUGGCCAUUGUCUUCAAGGACUUCAAGCGUGAUGUAAUGCGAAUCGAUUCCAUCCCAUCUUCUUCACUUGAUGGCAUUAAGGAAUGGCUUGACACUACAGACAUCAAAUACUAUGAGAGUAGGUUGAAUCUCAAUUGGCGUCCAAUAUUGAAGACCAUCACUGAUGAUCCACAGAAAUUUCUAGAGGACGGUGGCUGGGAAUUUCUGAAUCUGGAAGCUACUGACUCAGAUUCAGACAACUCGGUAGACUCAGACCAAGGUUAUGAGCCAUCAGAUGCAGAGCCGGUUUCAGAGUCUGAGGAUGAUGACUCAGACAGCGAAUCGUUAGUGGAGUCUGAGGAUGAAGAGGAAGAAGAUUCAGAGGAAGACUCGGAGGAAGAGAAAGGUAAGACGUGGGAUGAGUUAGAGAGGGAAGCUAGCAAUGCAGACAAGGAGAGGGAUGAAUCAGACAGCGAGGAUGAGAGGAGAAGAAGAAAGGCGAAGGCUUUCGGCAAGUCAAGGGCUGCUCCUAAUAUUGCUGCUGCAUCAAAGCGAAUGAAGUUUAGGUAGACAAAUGGAAGGUCUAGUUUGUUGAGUUCAAUGUUUUGGUGCCUUCCUGUGGUUUAGUAGUUGCGAUGGAAUAGAAUGUUGGUAUUAGUUUCAUUUUAUUCAGUUAAUUUGAGUGUUUGAUCUUAUUCCAGCCGGUGUUCUGCUUUUUGUUAGAUGCUUAUUUAACAGAUUUUGUCUUGUAAAUUGGUGACUCUAGCUUUAUUUGAUAUAGAAGUAAUUUUGUUUUUAUUA